GGCGGAACGGUGAGCUCACAAUGGAAUCAUGUUUCAGUUUCCUAUAAGGGUAGUUUGGACCUUUUAGGUUGGAGGAAGGAUAGGUCAAAAGAUUAUAGGAAAAGGAUAAACAAGAGAAAGUGUCUAAAAUCUCUUAUAUAUUGAAAUAAUUUACGUCCCCAAUGUCAUAUUUUGAAAGGCAGACGAAUCGGAUAUCAAUUCAAAUGUUGCAAGGCAGAUGAAUUGGAUCCUAAAUAUUGAAAUUUCUCGUUCCGGCUCCCGCCUAUCCAGCUUGAAUUGAAUUGGAUUUGCCUGCUUCCUUCGAGUAUACUCUUCUAGGAGCCAUUCUCGAUCUCGUAUUCAGUCUUGCCUUGCGCGUCUUCUCCCCUUCCACCUUGCUACUGCGAUGGCCGCCCACCAGGCGCCGGCGUCCUCGGGGGCCGGGCCUCGACGGCGCCCUCGCGUCCUCCUGGCCGCCUCCGGCAGCGUGGCCGCCAUCAAGUUCGAGGCCCUCUGCCGCAGCGUCGCCGAGUGGGCGGACGUCCGCGCGGUGGCGACCGCGUCCGCGCUGCACUUCAUCGACGAGGCCUCCUUCCCCGACGGCGUCCCGCUCUACACCGACGACGACGAGUGGUCCCGCUGGAGGCGGGUCGGCGACGAGGUCCUGCACAUCGAGCUGCGCCGGUGGGCCGACGCCCUCGUCAUCGCGCCGCUCUCGGCCAACACCCUCGCCAAGGUCGCCGGCGGGCUGUGCGACAACCUCCUCACCUGCGUGGUGCGUGCCUGGGACUACAGCAAGCCCGUCUACGUCGCGCCGGCCAUGAACACCUUCAUGUGGGACAACCCCUUCACGGCGCGCCACCUCGCCGUCCUGCGCGACCUCGGCAUGUCCAUCGUCCAGCCGGUCACCAAGCGUCUGGCCUGUGGGGACUACGGCAAUGGCGCGAUGGCGGAGCCGUCGGAGAUCUGCAAGACCCUGGUGCUCUUCUUCGGUCCACAACAUCUUUAGCACUAGCCAAGCUCUUCAGUUCUGUUCGCUUUCUGUAUGAGAUGUCUGAUCUGACUUGCUUGACCUAAACAAUGUUUGCAAUGGCAUCGUACAUGGCACGCUUCUCGUCUUC